AUGUUCCCGUUCAAAGAGGAGCGCAGUCGGAACAAGGAGCGCCUGGAGUCCAGCCUGGCCGCGCUGUGUGAGCUGGAGCUGCUCAAACAGAGGCAGGAGAGCCGGGUCCUCAGCGCACUCUGCCUGGGGGACAGCGGGGGAAUGAGCCCUGGACGCGCGGCGUGCUGGAGCGCCCUGUGUGGAAGUGGUAGUGCUGCUGGGGCUGGUUUUGGCAAGGACGCGCGGAUGGAUCAAGACGAUGGAUCCGGGAUGCGCAUAAGCAGCUUGCAGUGCACACCAUGGGGUAUAAUGGCGUCUUUGGAACAGCAUGUGGCCCAAAUGACCAUGAAUCCCGAAGUGAAAUUAGCAGAUUUUCCCACCGCUCUGGAUGUCAGCCCAAAGCCAGCAGAAAUCUCUCUACCCAAAGAGGACACUCUACCUGUUGAAGCCUUCCAUCAGCGGUUUCCCCGUUCCUUAUCAGCCCCUAAUGGGAACACACCCGACCCUGAGCCCCGGGACACCUGGCUCUCCGACUUAGCCCGGAGCACGAUGUUCGCAGAUGCUUUGGCGGAGCUCAAGAGCCUCGAACAGGGUCAAGAGGGCAAUCAGCAGGCUCAGAAGGCAGAGACUUAUAUCUUUGGGCUGAUCCAGCGUAAAACCCUACCACCGAGGCCUUCAAAACCUCGCACAAGUUUAGCACCAGAUGCACGCGUGGCAAGACAAAGCAGCUUAUGUCGCAAAGAAGACCAGCAUUCCCCAAAGCAAGUGAUUCCUGAAAUUCCUUCACCACAUCUUGUCCAAGUUCCUGAUAGAAUUCCACCACUGGCUGUCCACAACUCUGAACAGGACCGGUUUCAAGCUUAUAUUGACGAACCGCCACCUCCCUACCAUCACCUUCCACAAAAUGGCCAGCAUCAAUCUUUCCACAAACCCAAACAAGUUCCUAAUCGGUCGAUCUCUUUGGAAUAUCCGUCUUGCAGGGUGAUUCCAAACCAAGCGGACUCAAGCAACAGUGAACACGAUUCGCUCCAGAACUUCCAAGGAGUUCCCAAGCCUCAACAACCUCCGCCACCGGAAGAGCAUCUAGUCAACGCAGAGUACAUCCCAGCUCAGCCAUGUCGCGCCUCGACCAGAGCUUACGCACACCCGCAGCAUCAUCAAAGCUCCGGUAAAGCUUCCAAGCCCAAUCGGAGCACUUAUUCUCCAGAAAGAAGCCACCAUCACCAUCAUCAAGAACAGCAGCCAGCGCAAAGUCAACCCUCGAGGUCUCGGAGCAGCACCAAGAAGUGUGAGAAAAAUGGAGUUCCAGCUCGGAAGCAGGGCAAGAAGGCAAGCCGGUCACAGUCUGAGAACAGCCUGCAGAGGGCGCCAGAGCGGAAGUACAACACAGUGGAGCGCGAUGGAGCGGGGAGUGGAAGCGGAAGCCGAGGGAGCCGGGGCAGCCAGUCCAAAAGCAAGAAGCAGAAUCAACAACACAGCAACGGAAACUGCAGGAGAUGGCAAUCCUCACUGGAGCUCAGCCAGGAUGAGGCCGAUCAACCGCAUGGCCAAUCCCAACCGCCUCCCAACAACCACAGGGACCAGUGCUCAAAACGCACCCGCAAAUCCCGUCCCGUGCAACCGACUUAUGCCUAUCCGAACCAUAACCUCGUCCACCAUCACCACCAUCACAGGCACGUGGGAUACCAGCACCAAGGAGAAUCUGAGUCCAGUACCAGCGAGGCGGACUCCCCGGACUCCAGUUCUAUGUCCAGUGAUUCGGACGAAAGCGGAGGACUGGUGUGGCCCCAACAGCACCCACCGACAGCGGUAACAGCAGCAACGGCAUCGUCAGGAGCACCCGGGGGACCUCUGCAGCAGAAGGCCUUUGUCAAGAUCAAGGCCUCGCACGCACUCAAGAAGAAGAUCCUACGCUUCCGCACUGGCUCGCUCAAAGUGAUGACUACUGUGUGA